GUUUCAAAUUCUUAACUUUUCUAAGCUUAAUAACUCAAAUUUAUGAUUCUGAAAAGGUCUAUACCAAAUUCUCAAAAGUGCGAGCAAAAUUUUGUUAAAAAAAAUUUGUGUGUUGUCCACCACUUUAUAGAGUAGAAUAUCCACGAAAAUGACCAAGAGUUCCCGGUUGCAACAGGAGAUUCAGCUAUUGCGAAAUGAGUUGGCGAUGGUACGGGGGGAGCGGGAUGAGCUCUGGCGGAAGCAUGAUUCGCACUUCCAGCUGUGCAGCGGUUGUGCGGAUAGCUCUGUAAAAAAUGGGAAUAAUCCGAGCAGCAGAAGCGACAGGCCCAUCACUCCCAAUCAAGAUUUAUAUAUUGCAUAUUUGGAGGAACAGAUACAGCGGACCCGAUUCAAAUACAAGAAACAAAUGGGCGAAGUGAAGUGCAGCGCCAGUCUAUUGGAGACAAAGCUACAGAACGUUCGGAUGGAAAUGAACUACAUCAGUGCCAAGGCCCAGAAGGUGGACAAGCUACAGAAGAGCAUUAAUGAACUUAAGUCAAAGCUCAGUCGUCGGGAUAUGAUCAUAUCUCGCUAUAACGAACAGCAUGCUGCCUUUCUUGAGUUAAUUAACAAUUUGGAUAAGGAACCAAAUGCCCUGCGUGAUGCGCCACAGCAACUUCAAAAGAUUGUUUCAAAGAGCGUUGAUGGCUGUGAAGAAAAGAGAAAGGAUUCGGUAAUUCGAUCUAGAUGCAAACCUAACGAAUUAUUGAACUUUUCAUGUUUGAGCACAGCACUAAAAAACAAACUGGCGCGCAAAUAAUUUCAUCUGUCUUUUUGUUUUUCUUUAAUAUAUUUGACGAAGCAAAUCUUGAAAGCUGUGUAAAAAAUUCAUAUUUAUUAUUGUUUGAUGUUUGUAAAUUUU